AUGAAAGAAGCUGAGGGCCAGCUCGCGAGAUGGCAAGAAUUACUACAGGAGUUCGAUUUCACGUGUCAUUAUCGACCAGGUCACCAGCACGCCAACGCAGACGCCCUUUCUCGCCGCCCAAGUGAGGCCGCCACCGCAGACCCAGAAGGGCCAGACGAACAUAUAGCGGCAGUUACAAUCAGCGAACCCACUCGUUACCAUUGGGCAGUUGCACAAAGUACCGACCCGGACACGGCAAUAGUUUAUGACCACCAGCUGCAUGGUCGACACAGACCAACAGAGGCCGAACUCCGCGGCUCCUCAGAGAUCGCCCGCCUCUUGUGCCACCAAUGGGCCAACCUGUUCGUAGAGAAUGAACUGCUUUUCUUUAAAGACGCCACAUCCACCCAGCCGCGGCUAGUUGUCCCGGGUAGUCUCGUCAUACCCGUCCUCACAGACUUGCACCACGAGUUGGGACAUGUAGGAGUGACCAAAACGGAAGCGGCCGCUAGACAGCGUUUCUGGUGGCCCCGCCUCAGAGAGCAGGUCGCCAAUUUCUGUAACGCGUGCGCCACCUGUGCCUCCUUCAAGGGCACCAUCCCACGACAUCGUGCACCCCUACAGCCUAUGAUUACAGGCUUCCCAUUCGAGCGAGUAGGCGUAGACAUAGUCGGCCUGUUGCCUUACACAACAUCCGGCCAUCGGUACAUCUUAGUGUUGGUGGAUUAUUUUACAAAGUGGGCUGAAGCCAUCCCCUUACAGCGACAAGACGCAGCCUCGGUCACCAACGCGCUGCUCAAGGAGUGGGUCUGUCGAUACGGCGCACCCUUUUCACUUCACUCCGAUUGCGGAGCUAACUUCGAAAGCCACCUUCUGCGCGAGGUCUGUGACCUUCUCCUCAUCCACAAGACUCGCACUACACCAGCCCACCCAGAGGGCAACGGCCAGGUGGAGCGCACAAACCGCACCAUCAUCAACAUCCUGAAGGCGUUCGCGGAGGAACACCACCCACACGAUUGGGACGUGAAACUACCCUUCGCCAUGAUGGCCUAUAGAGCUGCCGUUCAUUCUUCCACGGGCUAUGUCCCAUUCUACAUGUUGACCGGCCGCCAAUUCCGGCUACCGACAGACUCGAACGUCCCCACACAACAACCGGCGGCCUAUACGACCGACGACUAUGUGAUAGGGCUACAGGAACUGCUAAGACUCACGCACAACUUGGCACGCACACAGCUCCGCAACGCCUACGACAGACAAAAGAAUUAUUUCGACCGACAGGCACAUGGACUGCCCUACCACAUCGGCGACCUAGUGCUCCGGUAUCGGGCGGUUCCGCCCGUGGGCACUCCAGCCAAAUUCUUCCACCCUUGGGAAGGGCCGUUCGUGGUCGCUGACGUCAUUUCGCCCACCACUUACAUUAUUCGCGACGCCCUCACCCACGCCGGCCCCGCUUUCACCGUGCACUUUGAUAAGUUGAAACCGUACCACGGCAGUCUUCCCGUUGCGUCCCACGAUACCCUACCCAUCCUUCCCCCCCAUUUAGUCCCCUUGCCUACCAACGAAGUGGAAAUUCCCCCUGACCCACACCCCCCACCAGGCCCCGCGGACGGGGCACUGCCUAGAGGGGGGGGCAGUUGUAGCAGGCAGACAGGAACGAUUGUUUGA